AUUUUAAAAAUAUGCAGAUGACAAUGUUACAGCUGUUAAAUACGGUAUAUGGCAAAGGGUGUAUGAUAGACUCAUAAUGGAAUUUUUGAAAUCUCAUGUAAACAUAUUCCUAAUAAUUUUAGAUCUAAAUAUUUAAUUGUUAUUGGCUAAUUGUGCCUUAAAUUUUACUUUUAACAAACAUGAAAUUAGGAUUAGGAUUAUGAAAAAACUAAGCUUACAAUAUAUUUUAACAGGUAAUACUCAACAAAAGGUGAAUAAGGAAGAUGAGAUUCUGGUGGGUUUUCAUUCUUUUAAGUUUAUUUCUUUUUCAACUUGAGGCUAACCCUGAAGUCAGAAUAAGAAUUACACAAAGGGGAUUGAAUUAUGCAAAAGAAAUUGGAAUGAAGCUCCUUGAACAAGAACUAAAGGCAAGAAUAUUUCCAGAUGAGAUUGGCACUGAGAAAUACUUUUUUGGCACAGUUGACUACACAGUAUCAAGGAUUCAAAUCAUGUCUAUUUCAGUAUAUAAUUCUUCUGUGAUCCUGAUACCUGAAAAUGGUAUUAGACUAUUACUUAAAAAUAUUUCUGUGACAGUUACUACACACUGGACCUUCAACAACUGGUUGAUUGACUAUCAGGGAGAAGUUGAAAUAUCAAUUUUAGGACUGUCUAUUACAACAGAUAUGAUUGUGGCACUAAAUAAUAUAGGAGAUUUGCUGGUGUCUAUUCAAAACUGCCAAGUGAGCACUGGUAAAAUUGAAGUCCAGCUUAAUAGUGAAGGAAGGUGGUUUUAUAACGCUUUUGUUCAACAUUUGGAAAAGGUUAUACAUACAAGAUUGGAAAGCCAACUCUGCCUAAAUGUUAUAUUAAGAAUCCAAAAGGAAACUGAAGUACUUAAAGGACUAAAAGACAUCAAAGAUUCUGGAAGUGGGGCUGUCUUCAUUUCAGGAGUAAACAUCACAGCAAUCCUUUCUUCUUAUUUCAACUUAACCACAGAUGCAUUGGAGAGCAUCAUUCCUACUAUAACUCAUAUUUAUGCAAAGCCACUUCCAGUAAUUAUGAACAUAAGAAUCAUUGAUGCACCUGUGGUUAGUCUGCAUGACAAUAAAUGUAUUCUGGAGUUUUCUGCUUCUAUGGAAGUAUUGGCAAAGAUGCCAAACUCAACCACUGAAUCCAUGUUCACCUUGAAUAUAACAACCAGAACUCAUGCAGAUUUGUUUAUAUUUAACCGGAAGUUGCUAACUACAUUGUGCUUGAGCAGUUUCCACAUCUCCCUGGUUCAUUCCAAUGUUGGCCUCUUUGAGGCUUCACUUCUGGAUAAUUUCUUGUCUUACAUUUUACGAACUGGAAUAAUUCCAGCAGCCAAUUUUAAACUAAAGGAUGAAUUUCCUCUGUCUGUCUUGGACCCAGUGAUUCUUAUGAAGCCGAGUAUUAGAAUGUAUGAGGGUUUCUUGCUGAUUUCCAGUGACAUUCAAAGCCUACGAAAACGAGGAACAUCUCGAUCUCCAAGCAAACAUUGA